GCACCUUUUAUGGUGAGUUUCUGAUUUUUUAAAAUGCAAUGCUAAAUUCAUUUAAAUAUUGUUGGUGUAAAUACAAUGAAUUUCCAAAAGAAGAAUUGUUAUGUCCAGUGUACCUAGAUACCCAUUUUAUGGGUGAUGAUGCCAUCAUUAUAAAAAAUGGACAAAGAUUAUGUGGUAAAGGUGGAGCCUUGUGUAAUGCACCAAUUUUACAGGACAAAGCUUAUUUUGAAUUUGUCAUACAACAAUCAGGUAAAUGGAGUGUUGGGCUUUCUUCCAGAAAUAUAAAUUUAAAUAAAACUCCCCUUGGUAAUAGUGAAAAUUGGGUAUUAAAGGAAAAUGGAAAAAUAUAUAAUAAUAAUGAAAUUAAAGGUAUUUUACCUGAGGUACCUGGUGAAGGUCAUAUAUAUGGAAUAUCUUAUGAUCAUGUUGAAUUGUUAUUCUAUAAAAAUGGCAAUCAAAUAGAAAAUCUAUCUAUAAAAGGAUUAAAAGGAAUACUUUACCCAUUGUUUUUUGAUAUGAUUCGGAUUUGUAAUUGCCCAAUAUCAAUUUAAUAUCAGAUCGGCCACCAAAAAGUGGUAUCGGUAUACCCCUAAUUAUAUUUUAUUAAAAUUAAGGGUAAAAAACUGAUAUUGGUGUAUCUCUUAUAUUUUAAAACCUAUUUCAACAAU